AGUUCCUUGUGACACAGGGAUGACUAAUUUCCCAACCGGUGUUUGUUGUCCGAUAAGAAAUCCUGUGACUAAUGUCACAUCAACUCUUUCAUCACCUUGUGUGAAUAGUGCUAGUGACCAUUUGUUCACGGUAUUUGAUCGGUAGCACAAUGACAGUAUUCUAAACGCGGAAACUAGGUAGAAACAACUGACGCGAACAUGAUUUUAUUUGAGCGCUGUAUCCGUAAGUUUCGGUUGCUGCUGUCAUAAUUAUGAAUCUGCAGAUUUUUACACACAGUUCAGCACUAAUUUGACGCCAUAGUAUUAAAGAAUUCCCUACUUGAACCAAGCUGUCCUACUUCAACCCUGAUGAUGGAGUCAACUGAAAGAAGACCGAGUAGUGACUAUACUGAAAUAAUUAGCCGUCUUCCACUAAAACACCGUUUAGCCUAUGGUGUUGGCCAUGUUUUGAAUGAUAUAUGUGCGUCUAUGUGGUUUACUUAUCUUCUAGUAUUUUUUCAUUUGGUGCUACAGUUCAACAGUUUUUUAGCUGGCCUAGUGCUGUUAAUUGGACAAAUAGCAGAUGCAGUAGCCACACCAUUUGUAGGAUAUCAGUCGGAUAAAGAUGACAACUUUUGGCUCUGCAAGUACGGAAGACGCAAAACAUGGCAUUUGUUUGGUACAGUGUGUGUACUAUUCAGCUUUCCUCUGAUAUUCUCACCAUGCUUGAACUGCGAACAUAGCCAUCAGUGGGCUCAGCUUAUAUAUUAUUCCGCAUUUGUCAUCAUCUUCCAGCUGGGUUGGGCAUCAGUACAGAUUUCACAUCUUUCACUAAUUCCUGAUCUCACACCAAGUGAGCAUGAACGCACUGAAUUGACAGCUAUAAGGUAUAGUUUUACAGUCUGUUCCAAUGUAUUUGUGUACAUUAUUACAUGGGCAAUUUUGCACUUCACAAGUGAAAAUUCAGAAGCACAAAUAGGCCCAAAAGAUUUAACAAAAUUUCAGAAUGUAUCACUGAUUGGGAUUGGAGUUGGUGCAUUUGCAUCUCUGAUAUUUCAUCUGGGUGUCAAGGAAGCACCACCACGCAGUGAUGGCUUAACGCAUGGUCCAGGUGGCCGACGCACAGCAUUACACAUGCUGAAAGAUAUUCAGCUUUAUCAGGUUGCAGGAGUGUAUAUGGCAACUAGGCUCUUCGUCAAUCUCAGCCAGGUUUACAUCCCUCUGUACCUGCAUGAAUCACUGAGUAUGAAUGCAGAAAGCUUGGCAAUAGUUCCACUUGUCAUGCUUCUGUCCAGUUUCGGAACAUCAUUGCUGAUCAAAUUGUUAAACAAGAAACUUGGCAGAAAGGUAGCAUAUUUAGUAGGUGCUGCUGUGGGGUUUGCUGGGUGCUUAUGGAUCCAAUUUGGAUAUGGCAGUGCAUUUGUUAGAUACGAAAUCUAUGGUGUUGCAGCUUUAUUGGGUGCUGGAGGUUCCAUAAUGUUGGUGACAAGUCUUGGUAUCACAGCUGACUUUAUUGGGCAUAAUACUGAAAGUGGUGCAUUUGUAUAUGGGGCAAUGAGUUUCACUGACAAAUUGUCAAAUGGAGUUGCUGUAACUAUAAUACAGGCAUUGAAAUGUGGCACACUGUGUGUUGGCUACUACCGAGAUGUAAUGACAUAUGUGUGUGGUGGUGCAGCUUUAUUUGGUGUUGUUGCUUUAGUGACCCUGAUGCCAUUCCAGAUAGGGAGAAGAAAGGAUGGUGCGGCACCACCAUACAGUUCACUGACUUCUGAAGAACAAACAGAUGGCUUUGUUAAUACCAGCAUCCAAAAUGAAAAUCAAGCUGGCCUGAUAUCUUAAUAUAUAAUUAUUGUUACUAUAUGACUGUUGACUGUGAUAUAUUUUGUAAAUGGUACUGACUCAUAAUCUUAGUCACUUAUAAUUUGUUGUUGUGUGUGAAGUUUUAUUGUACCUACUGUUUCAAAAAAUUUGUUUCCUUGUUUGUUUAUAUAUAUAUAUUCAUCAUCAAGUAUGUGUGCAAUGAUUGCUUUAGCAAAUGUUGUAUUUAUUUAUUUGUUGUUUAAUGAGUGUAGUUUAAAAAUGUUUUGCACAGACACUACAUGGAAGAUAACUGGCAGGAGACUUUCAAAACUAUACUUCAAAAGUUUUGUGAUGUUGCUUCCUAGACAAUGCAUUUUUUUAGAAAAGAUUACAAGUAGUACAGUUUUAUUUUAUUUAUUUAUUUAUUUUUAAUAUUGCUUGCUCUAUCGCUAAAGAAUUUCAUAGUUUCUGUGAACAGAUUUUAUUCAUAACAUGUGUGUUUGACUUUCAAGAAUUCCCAUAUGUACUCAUAAUAAGAGGUAUUUGUAUUUCCCACUCCAUUUAUGGCUGACAACCUGAAACUCUGUUUUAGCAAACAGCUAGCAGUUACCUGAUCUUUGUACUAUGUACAUAAUUUGAUAAUGCUACAAAACACUUUGUAAAACUUCUUGUUAAAUGUAAUACAAAUGGGAAAUUUUAUAUUGGACUAAGUUUCACAAUUGUUGCAAACAGUUUAGAUGCCCACUUUUGAUAUUACGAUAUUAGUUUACACUACAUUGGAGAACAAUAUGAGCUUUUGUUUUCAUUUUUGUAUUCCAACUGAAUGUGAUCUUUUACGCUGUGGUUAAUACUUUAUUUCAGUUAUCAAUUUCCAAAAAUACGAAAGAUGUUGUCAGUAUGUCAUACAGUACUCUUAAAGGCCAAUGUAACCAGAUCCAAUUCCAUAUUAGCUUUCUUGUAUCUUCUGCAAAAGUACUUCAGAUUUUACUCUUACACAUAUUCUCUCUUCUUUCAUUUCCUCUGUACUGGGGGUGUCUUGUAGGAAAGGCAUAUUGUAGCUAGUCAGCAACAGGAGUAGACGUUCAAAGUAACAUAAUUGAAACUAUUUCCAAAACGGACUUUUUUAUUUGUUAUUUAUGUGAACUUGAAAGCUGGAGGUAUAGGUUUAUGGGUAAUUAAAGCCAUUUAUAAGAACCAUUCAUUAACUAGACAUCUUGUGUGAAUAUUUUAUGAGCAAAUUAGCACCAUUUCUGAAUUUGAGUGCAGGCACAUUUCUUUGAUAGACAUGAUCUUUGAGAUAGUUCACUCUUUGAUUCCAUUCAUAUACCAUAAGAAACUAAUAGUUGACAAUUGUAAUUGAUUUUCAUGUUGACCUCUGGAUUCUUUAACAGCAUGUUCGAGAAAGGUGUCAUAGUUUUAGUGUUCAAAUCAUUGAAUUAAGUGCACUUGAGCCUUCAUAUAAGUUAUUUGUUUCUUUUUUAAUGUUAACCCAUUAAGCUGUCCACAAAUAACUUAAGAUUGCAUUACGUUAUCACCUUUUGUAUCUUAUAUUCCCCUUCAAAUUUCCACUUACAAAGUCUGCACUUGCCAAAUUUCAUUUCACUGAGGCCUCUUGUAUGUGUUUGUACUUAGUAUACAGAAAAUUUAAAAUAUUUACCUAAAAUUUAUGCCCACACAUUUGCAUUGCAGAUCAGUGUCUCACCAUGUCAUGCAGUGGUAUUGUAGCAGCAUGAAGCAUGGCAAAUGUCUGGCGAUAUUUAGAGAGAGAAUUUUACACUGUGGCAGUAUUUAAAUAUUCAUUCUACCCUACAGGUAGCAGACUGGAAUUGAUUUUGUACUCAUCGGUUACACGUAGCCGCAGCAUCAUUGACUGUAGGUACUUUCCUGCCAGUUGCUGGUGUGGUUUCUUGCUUUUAUCAGCAAGUCCUCUUUCUUUGCAGAGCUGUUGCCAAGCUUGUGUGUCUCAAUAGAUUCUCUCUAUAGAAGGUUUGAUAUCUCUUGAUGGCAUAUCCUAUAUGUGCCAUCAAAUUUUUUUUUUUAAUGAUAUGUCAUGCUGAAUCACAGCCACCAGUGCCGAUUAUUUCAGCGAACCUGUCAUUGAAUUGUAAUUUUCCACAGUUCUGUGGUAUUUCUCAAACUCCCUACGCUGUGAGUAGUUCUAUCUUUUUGUCAGUUUGUGUACCAUCUUUAUGCUAUGCUUGCAUUGGAAUUCCUGAUAUUUCCUCUUGUGGUGUAUCUCAGGCUUGGUCUUAGUGAUGCUCCUGGCACUCAUGGUGUUAACUGCCCUGCUCCUUGUGUCUGAGGUGCUGUGGCUCACAUACUCAUCUCACCUGGACUAAGAGUACUGAUGAUACUUUUCUGCAAGAUGUCAUAAAAAAGUAUCCCACAGGACAAUGUGAGGAGAGCACUUACAGUCUGCACAAGUACAACAAUGAAAGCCUCAUUAUCACAUCAGUGGCAGUGCACUUCUUAAUUUUUGUCACCUAAUUUCUGUACAGGAACACAUCUUACAUAGUGAAUGUCAAAAAAUUAUUCUGAAUGUGUCUUCAAUUGAAAAUUUUUGUUCAGCCAUGUUGUGUUGCAUAGCUAUGUCAUUAGGCUUUAUAAUUCUUUUCUCAGAAAUCUGAUCAAGUUUAAACAUAGAAAAUGAAAUUAAGGUGUGUGUGUGUGUGUGUGUGUGUGUGUGUGUGUGUGUGUGUGUGUGUGUGCACAAUGUUCAGUUCUUAUAAUAUUGUGUUAAAAGACCCAGGGUAGACAGGUGGAAUAAAAAUGUUUCAAACAUCAGAUUUGAAUCACCUUGCUCACUAAGUGUACAGGCUAAAAGACUUACCAUAAACACUAUGGAACAGGAGAAACAUAAAAAAUCUAUUAGCAAUGUUCUGUUUUAUAAGAAUAAUUGUAUAAUAUUAUUGAAUCACAGUCAAAUGUUUUCCUCUGACACAUUUUUAAGGGUCCAUAAAGCUUGACAUGGCCAAGUGUGGUUUUUAAAAAAGCUAGAUAAAUCGUAGUUGUCAACUGUGUUGAAAUGACUUACAGGUUAAGCCUCCAUUACUCUGUAGAAUUGAGUUUUGCCACCACCACCACUCAGGUCAUUAAGAUCUAUUGUUACGUGCAUUUGUAUAUAAACGAACUUGAGUAGUUAUCCCUGCCUACAGAAUAUUUUUCCUUAAAUAAUUUUAUUGGUGCUACAUGUGUAAAACUAAUCAUGUCAGAACCUGAAGGAAAAUUUUCAAAUCUAAAUUGCUGAUUUUUUGCUAAAUUUUGAAUACUAUAUAGUAGUUCAAGAAUUUUUUUUUGCUUCGACAUGUCUUAAAACUUAACAUUCUGUGUCGAUGUAGUGAAGGAUUUCCUUAUGUUUAAUUAUUAUGGAAGCACCUCAGUGAGUUUAUUAUGGAAACAUUGUAUAUUACAGUAUCAGUCAGACCACAUAGUUGCAGAUCACAGAACGUAGAACAAAAACAAUCUGAAAAAAUUAGAAUUGCCUGUGAGCUUGCAAGUGCUAUUUGAUAUGUCCUCUCUGUAAUUGUGGGCCCUAGUUCAAACGUGUUCAUAAAUAGGGCCAAGAGAAAUGCUGCUUUACUUAAAGCUUUCAUAUACUUGUAUAUGUGACAACAAAUUCUUAUUUGAUAUUUCCGUCCAAUAAGGUAUUUUCUCCUGUAAAAUCCUCUACUUUUUAUAACUUUUUGCUGUCACACUUUAUCACAAAUUUGUGAUAAUUUUGACUUUGGAAAGGUAAUGUUUCAAAGAAUUAUUUUUGUAACUUUUUCAGUUGAAUGUGAAACUCCUAUUACAUGUAAGAGUGAAUAAUCUGAAUACCACUUUGCACUUUUAAGUUGCAUGGUUUCAGCUGUGUUUGUCUUAAAUUAUUAUGACUUAGACUUCCUGAAUAAUCGUUAUGUUAUUUGUACCUCAAAUAUAAUGACACUUACGUGAAAGUAUGUCAUUACUAUGCUGAAUGUGGGUUAUCAACACACUAUAUAUGUGUUUUGCCCUCCAUUGAAGGUUAUAAUAUUGUGUGUCACUAAAUGAAUUAAUCUCUUUUAGCACCAAAUGUAACAGGCAUUUCCUGUAUGAUAAUUCUUGUUAAUCUUCUAAUAACAGCUCAGAUGCUGACCAGUUUCUUCCUUACCACAUUCAUGGUUUGAAGAUUUUGUACUUAAUAUUUUAAUGCCAACAUUGAUAUUGGUAGGAUUUGUGAAAUAUAUUCUGUAUUAAUCAAAUUAAGAAAUUGAAUCUGCUGAAAAUAAAUGUUCCUACCCCUUGAAUCUCCUAUAAGUCACAGUUAUUGAUUUUCUCUGAUUAUUUAUUUACGUUUUUCAGUCAGCUUUGAUGAGAUAAAAGCUAUAUAUCCACAUGCAUUUCAUUUUUGUUUUUGAGUUGACUUUAUUUUCAGGUUUAGGUAUUGUCCUGUGACAAUUAUCCCUUCCAGAAAUAUAAUAUUAGUCUUUAAGACAAAAUUCUGUUGCCCUGUUUUUGCCAUUGAUUCCUACAGAUAUCAAUGAAUAACAUUGUGUACCUGAAAAAUGUGUAUUUUUCAGCUCUUACUGCUGGCUCUUUCAGCAUAAACACUUGAAUAUGUUGCAAAUACUCACUCAGAAAUUAUUUGUAGAAUUGUUACUUUAAGUUAUCCUGUCAGAAGUGUAAGUACUCAGUUUUGUAUUACUAUGUAAUCAGAAGGUUUCUUGAAAACUGCUUUUUGUGUAUCCUUUACUUACUAAAAUUGUGAGACCAAGACAUUGUUUUCAUAGCUUGUUGUUCUUAUUUAUGGAUCACAAAUCUUCAUUGUCUCUUGUAUAAUUUUAAAAGCACUAUUGUGAAUGUUGUCAUGGUACUAUGUUUGAGUCGAUAUGGAAGAAUUAGUGUGUUCUAAGGUGACACAUUUUUUAAAGAGCACAAAGAGAGAUAUUUAAUUAGCACAAUGUGAUAAAUUAUAUUUUAUAACCUGCAGAAGUUUAUUUAUGUGAAUCAUUUAUAUUUAUUCA